CGGGGCAGAGGGCGGCGAUGGCCCAGCCGCCGGGGGAGCGGGUUGUGGUGAGGGCCCUCCUGGAGCUGCUGCAGGCGGGCGGGCAGCUGCUCCGCACCGCAGUGCAGGAGGCCGGCGCGGGUACAGCCCAAGAAUAUGUUUCCCAGAAGAUCUGGCAUCUGGCUGGAAUGAUACAAAUAUAUGAAACGUUUCUGAAAAACUUGUCAGUAGCGAAGAGAAGUGAUGCUGAAAACCUGUGGAAGACUUUAUAUCAUUCUGCCGCUGUUCGGGACCAUGUUGAAGACUUGCUGCAGUUUGAGCUUGAUUGGAAUACUUUCCUGAGGAAUGUGGAUGUCAGUUUGAAGACAGACUGCGUUGGUAUCCAAUUAGGACUUGGUGCACAAGUUCCUGCGAGUAUGCCAUUCACAGACGCUAGAAGUGGCAAGGAGGUUGUACUUGAGGAGUACCAGCAGCACAAUAUGAAGCUGUUGCUUGUAUUGUUGAGACAUUUUUCCUGACUACCAUGACGAGAUCACUUGGCACAACUUCAAGCGAACCAGAGUCUCCUGGAUGCUGUGCCAAUAAAGGUUAUAGUGAUCUCGUUUGGUUGUCAGGAAGGGGCUCUACGAUGGCUUCAAGAGACUGGGUGUCAAUACAAUAUGUUGCUGGAUCCUAGCCGCAAGUUGUACCAUGCAUUUGGUCUGGGAAUAUCUGUUGAAAAGGUCUGGAAUGUUAACGUGCUUAACUACUACGCUGAGCAAAAGGUUGCCAGCCGUCCACUGCCAAAACAAUUUGAAAACAUAAUAGAUGAUCCUCACCAGCUUGGUGGCGAUUUUGGUUUAGACCAAAAUGGAAAGGUGAUCUUCUUCCAUCCCAGCCAAAGUUCUACUGACAGACCCAGCUUAUCAGAAAUACUCAGCGCUCUGCUCUAAAACUGUGUUAUGGUAAUGCGACUAUUCAUGCCCUGACCCUCAAGUUGCUCUUAAUAAAACCGGUAUGAAUUGAAGAGACCAGUUUAAUUAGUUAACGCACCAUUGACGUCAGUUUUGCAGUAUUUCUUAACUGAUUUCUUAAUUAUUAAGAAACCUUUUCCAGUAAACAAAAUAUCUCACCCACAUCACUGUGACUUGAGGCAGUCCCACGCCUCAAGUAAGUAAUUCGAGUAAUUGUGAUGGAUUGGCACUCCCACAGGUUUCUAGAACCAUCUUCUGGAUUUCUUAAUUUGAAAAUGAGUUAAGAAAUUCCACAAAAUCUCCCCCCCCCUUCCCCCACAUACAGUAUUUGUGUGGCAUCAGCGAAUACUGCACAUGGAGGGGGUGGGGAGAGAUUUUGCAGAAUUCGGAUAGUAGGAACAGAAGUGAAGAUCUUUUGUAAGAAUAGCACUGAAGAUCUUUUGUAAGGAUCUUUGGUGAAAUAUUUGAAAGGUCCAAUGACAGCUCGCUGGUAUCCAGAGCUACCUGCCUACCUGGUUUACAUUGAUGAAUGCAGGGCUUUAACUCAGGUUGUCUGAAUGGAACUGCUGGAUGUUUGGUAAACCAGGGAGGCACGUCACUUUGAAAAAAAAUCCUUUAAUAAGUAUAACACGGCGCUAGCACUGAAUGGUUAGCAAAUGUUCUCUUUCCUGUGCAUUAUUUCAAAUCCCAAGAUUUUUUUCAUUAAAAUAUAUUCAGAAUCAAACAAAUCAUAACGUAGGGGAGAGGGGGAGUCAUGUUAAUCAUUCUUCUGAUAAUCUGACUUUGUUACCUUAAAUUUUGUGCUCUCAUAUAGUCUAUGGGAAGCUGUAUUGAUUAGUUAAUAAAAAUAAAUCAUUUUAUAAGAUUCUUCACAGUAAUGUAAA